AUGACUAGCAUCGAUCCUAGGCUCCUCCCUAACCGGGUGCGAUGGGCCGCCCUCUUCGCUGUCAACCUCUAUGUCUUUAUGGGUAAUAUGUACUCGUCGGGCAUAGCAACAGGCUUUGGAUCCCUAGCCGAAUACUUUCACAUUGGCGACUCACAACUGUCAUCCCUGGUGACUUAUUCAGUCCUCUCCAUGGGAUUGGCAAAUUUGGUCUGGAUGCCUCUCGCUCUCUGCUUCGGAAAGCGUCCUGUUGUUAUCUUCUCCAUGGCAAUGUUCCUUUGCGGAAUCAUUUGGAGUGCGGUCGCAAAGGACUAUAACAGCCUGCUGGGCUCUCGAGUCUUUGCCAGUUUCGGCUAUGGCGCUAUUGAGUCUCUUGGACCCAGUAUUCUCGCAGAUAUGUUCUUCGAACGCAACUACUCCAGUGCCAUGGCCGUCUACGCGGCUUCCCUGUCUGGAGGCUCUCAGAUUGGUCCGGUCAUUGCCGGAUAUCUCAUCGAGGCCAAGGGAUGGCGCUGGUUCUUCAUCCUCUGUGCCAUCCUGGCCGGAUUCAACUUUGUCACCGCCAUCUUCUUCCUCCCAGAGACUACCUAUGAGAGCGUAGAGGAGCCCGAGCAGAUGGAGGAUAUCGAGAAGGACUCUCACAGCCACGUCGAGGCCGUCCGUGUCCAAUCUCAAGUUGGCGACCGUGUCGAAUUGGACUACGGUGCUCACUUCAAGGGACUGUUCACUUUCAGCCUCACCAACGAGGCAAGGGAGAAGGGCGUUCUCAAGCACUUGCUCUACCAGUUCUUGCUCCCCUUCCCCCUAUUGCUGGUCCCCGGUGUUCUGAUCGCAUCGGCUAUGUACGGAGUCGUCCUUGGAGGAAUUGUCGCCAUCUCUACCCUCGCUCCCGAACUACUCGGCGCACCCCCCUACCUCUUCAGCUCCUCCGAGCUCGGUCUCUUCACCCUGAGCAGUUUCGUCGGCAUCCUUGUCGCUUGGCCCAUCGCCGGUCCCCUGACCGAUCUUCUCUCCCGCUGGAUGCGCAAGCGCAAUAACAACGUCCACCAGCCUGAGCACCGUCUGCCUGCGCUUAUUCUCCCCUUCCUCGUCUGUCCCGUCGGCCUCAUUGUCUUCGGGUACACUAUCUACCACGGACAACACUAUGUCCGCCCGGCCGUCGGCUCAGCUAUCUGUGCCGCUGGCCUGACUCUUGUCCCCUCUGUGAUGCUUUCAUACGUUGUGGACGCUUACCCGAGAACCGCUGGUGAGGCGCUUGUCUUGGUCAACACAUCGAAGAAUGUCGUUGCCUUUGGACUGGCCACCGGUGCCUACUCUUGGAUGGCGGAGAAGGGCGUGAACACCAUGUUCUAUGAGUUUGCGGGAGUUCAAUGGGCCGUGCUGGCACUGGCUUUGCCUCUCUACAUCUUUGGCCCGUGGCUACGGGCCCGUACACAGAAUCUGUUUUAG